CAGCUGACAUUAGUGUCAAGACAAUAGUUAAGUGUUUAGCAGCCAGUACAAGUUGUUUUAAUGAAGUUUAACUUUCUCUUUGUCAUCAUGCAGAAUAGGUUUUAAACGUUAAGUAGAAUUUAAAAAGGAUAUAAAAGGAAAACCUUUCUUUUUUUUUCCCACUGAAUUCCUGCAUGAGUGUUGGCAACGCAUAACCUUUAAUCUUUUUUGGGACUGUCGGAAACUGAGCAUCAGAGGUCUUAGUUUUGCGUAGAAACACCUUCGGGCAAGAAGAAUGCACAGUGAGUGUGUUUCCGUGCAGAUCUGGGCCGCACAUUUAUGGCGUUUGUGAGUGGAGACUUCUGCCAUGCUCAGCACCUCAGCAUUGUGAACAAGUGAAUCAUCAGCCCCCUGCGGGACUACGCUACCCAGAAACCCCCCUGACAGCUAGCACUGGGCCCUGUCUGUCUCUCCUGUAUCCCCCUGGGAUUACGCGUAGUCCUCAGCCUGAGUGCAAACAAGUUCUCUUUCCCUCCCCUGCCUCUCUCUGUCUCUACAGUCAAUCCGAAACACCUCUCCUGAAUGGGUCGUCUUGCCAACAUGAACCGCCCUGCCGCUGUUGAAAUUAACCAUGAGCCCAUGAGGUUCCUCAUCACGCACAACCCUACCAACUCUACGCUCAACAAAUUCACAGAGGAACUGAAGAAAUUUGGAGUAAACACACUUGUGCGUGUGUGUGACGCCACUUACGACAAGGCGCCGGUGGAGAGGGAGGGUAUCCAGGUCUUGGACUGGCCCUUUGAUGAUGGAGCUCCACCCCCCACCCAGAUUGUUGAUGAUUGGCUAAAUUUGGUGAAGACAAAAGUUCAUGAUGAACCAGGAUGCUGCAUUGCCGUGCACUGUGUGGCCGGAUUGGGUCGAGCACCUGUACUUGUGGCCUUGGCUUUGAUCGAGAGUGGGAUGAAGUAUGAAGAUGCAGUGCAGUUUAUCCGGCAAAAGAGACGUGGAGCCUUCAACGCCAAACAGCUUCUUUACCUCGAAAAAUACAGACCUAAGAUGCGCCUGCGGUUCAAUGGUCACAACUGCUGCAUCCAGUAAAGUGCCAGUUGUACACAAAUAAUGGGAAAUUUAUCUAGUGCAAGCUGUGGGUAAUUAAUGUGAUGGUUAAAAGUCAUGACUAAUGAAAUUACAGAGAUAUAACAAAUUAAACCUGAUCUGUGGAUUCACCAGCUGUAUGAAUGAGAGAGGUCAAAGCACACAGAUAUGGCUGCCUACUGGUUUCCAGUGUACCAGCCACGGCUAUAACACACAGCAGUUCUUCAUGACUUCUUCACAAUGUCCAAUCAUGGGAUAACUUUUUAUUCUCCAUUACUCUAAAAUGAAUUAUUUUAACCAUUAUGAAAAGAUGUGUAUUUGUGUAAUGCUGUUGAUUUAUGAUUCAGUUGAAUAUUGCUGUUGUAAUUGGGCAAAGAAAAAAACAACAACAAAACAAACAACCUGUUUAAACGAAAUUUUAGUUGAUGAAAAGGACCAAAAGAGCUCUUUUCUCCAUUUCCCGAAGUCACUUUUAAUUUAGGGUCAGGAUGGGUUUUUAAAUAUCAACUGUAUUUAUUGACUAUAAUUAUUGAGUCUUGUCAGAAGUAUGGUUGGGGCCAGGACACUUUUCCCCUUUUAUGGAGCCAUGUUCUUUCAUUUAGUUUUCUGAAUCUCUGGGGAGUGCAAUAUUAAGUCCAGUUUAGAAAAGCAAUCAUUUGUUAGGACUAUUUUACAUGCGCACACACACACACACAAAAACCAAGGAGAAUGGCUUUAUUUAGGUACUUUUCAAUCACCAUGUCUGCUUACUCUAACAGUGGGUCAGUCAGCUAAUGGCUUUGCUGUAGGCCAGACUGUCCGUACACUUUUGCUGUGAUGACCCUAUUGUUCGGCGCAUAGGCACACUCAAGGAAAUGACAGAUGGGAAACUUGAUUUUUUUUUUUUUUUUUUUUUUUUUUUAAUCUUUGCCCACAUUUUGAAAAAUAUCCCCAUCUUGUUUUUAAAAUGAAUAAACAAUUGAUAUGAA